AUGAAGCCUCCUGCCACUGUCCUCUGCCGUUCCGCGGUGCGAGCUGCGUGCUUUCAGGCAUGCGCUGCAGUUCCUACCGCUGCCUGCAUCCUCUGUGGUCAUGCAUCGCCGCCUUUUUUCCCGGUAGGCCGCAUGCGGCAGGAGUUUCGCCGUUCGCAUAGUGCCGCAUACAAGCCGCUCGACCCACCAGCAGCCUCAGCAGCAGCGGCAUCAGCAACGGAGGCAGUCCGACUGCCCUCUGCCUGCCUUCUGAACACCAGCUCCCUGAUUCAGGCGAUUCCACAGCUGCCUCCGCAGCUGCUUGGCGCUGCAGCAAGGAGGUUGCUGCUGCAAGGCGUCGAUCAGGGAGACACUUGGAGGAUUCUUGGCGCCAGGGCAGCAGAAACAGCCGCCCAGCUCACUGCGCACCAAUGUGCAGCCAUUCUGAAGUAUUUCGCCGCUCGGGGGUAUCGCGAUUUUCGCUGCUUCAAUGCGCUAACAGGCAGACUCACAGACUUGGUGUCGCUGGAUGGCUCUAGCAGUCUGGGGAGCGAGGCGGUUGUGUCGUUGCUUACUGCCUUCGCUGCUCUGCAAUUUCGCGAUGAGUUAGUCGACACAGAGCACAGCGGCAGGAUCGCAGCAAGCCUCAAGCCGAAGGACCUUGCCAACACUGCGCAUGCUCUGGCUAAGCUGUCAGUCCGUGUUGUCUUGCGCAGUCGACUGUUUGCUGCCUUGGCUGCUGCUGCCCACUAA